AGAUAUAGUAAUUAUUCUAAAAGUUUUAUAUUUCAAAAUGGUAAGAAAAUCAAUAGUACUAAUGAUAAAUAUACGAUUUAACAAAUUUUUUAAAUUAUUUACAUGCUUAGAAUUAAUCAAAUAGCUUAGUAUAUAAAAGAGUGAACUUAUGUCGCAUGUUAUAAUUGCAGCUGCGUUUGUUGCAACAACUGCAAUUCCAAGGAAUUUCUCUCGAAGCUCGCGGUGAAGAAUUUGUUUUGUUAAAUUAUUAUUGGUAUACUUCGUCAACUUGUGGUAUAUCGAUACAACUUGUCAACCAUCACUUAAUAGCUUCUCGUUAAUAAAAACAAUUCGUAACUAUUUAAUAAGAAGCAGUAUAUUCUUAGUUAUUUAGAAAUUUAUUUAAUGAUGUUUAAAAAUACGAAUGUGUUUAAAAAUUAUAACGGUGUUUGGUAUUUCAAUUUCUCGCGCGCAUUGUAUAGAAACGAAGCCUCGCCGUCUCAGCCAAUCCAAAAUCGGCUAGGUUCACUUUUGACGGAAUACCGCCAUUCUACUGUCGAAGAGCGAAUCGUUAAGAUGUAUCGCCGUUCGAAGCGUAUAAUCUGAAUUUCUUAGUACUUCAAUUGCUGUUAUUACAUUACAUACAUUAUUAUUAGGUUUGUUGAAUCAAUGCCUACCUAUUUAGUUAUUUAUUAGAUAUUAUUAACAAAAGUUUAUACAAUUUUUUGAACUUUUUUCUGUUUUCCUCCAUUGGUAGUCUGAUCGUUUUCAUUACCGAUAGCUUGUAUCAUAAACUUUUGAAAUAGAAUAUAGGUUCGACUAUUAUUUCACUUUAACGUUUUUCAUACAGUAACGUUUAGUAACGUUUGUUUUAUGAUACGCACAUUUAUGAUAUGACAAUCAUAUAUAUAUAUAUAUAUAUAUAUAUAUAUAUAUAUACACACAUAGGCAUGCAAUAUUUAACGUAAUACGACUAAAUUAUACGUAAUUCUAUGAUUUCUUGUAAGAAUACUAACGUGGAACUAGACGUGAUUAAACAAAAUAUCAUUACUUUUUAGAAAGAGUUCAAAUAUUUUCAACGUUUUUUUUAUUUUAAAUAAUUUUUUUCCUCGAUCUGUAUUACAAAAUAGAGUUUUGAACAAUUCGAUAAAAUAAUUAAGACAUUCUCAAUUGAAAUUAAAAUAAAAAUUGAAAUAUUUCAUAUAUUAUAUGAAUUGUAAAUUCUUGACGAGAACAUCGCAGCGUCACUAAAUCUUUGUCAACAACUUCUUGUUUCCACGAGAGCUUUACAGUACCAGACACGUGCAAACACGUUUCGAUUCAUUAAUAAUCGCGGCUCUUUCACACUGUUAUCGCCUUAUCCUUGGAUAUGUUUACGUAUAGAAUUUUGGUCUGUCGCAAGCAUUUUCGAAUAAUUAUGAAAUAAAUGUAGUUUAUGUGUAAGAAACGAACAUACGCAGUACAAUUCUUUCAGAUAGAUUGUAUUACAUUUAGAAUCUUUAUAAAUACUUGUCAAUAUUAGGAAAUAUCUUACAAAGCACAAAUAAUAUUUCAAAUAUAUUUUAUUUCCGUAAUAUAUUCUUUAUUGAUGAAUAAAUUAAUUAGAAACAACAGUAUUUUCCAAAAAAACGCUCACUUCCCCCAUCCUUUUCUGUUAAUGUAGUUUUACUUUCGGAAAUUUUUUGUGACCGGGCGCAAUACGAUCUUAGAGUCAGUGUUUGCUACGUAAUUUUUUUAUAAUUUAAUAUUUUAUUAUUAGAUUCACUUUUACGUUUUCAAAGGCGUGCUUUGAUAAUGGAAUCGCCUAAGGGCAUUGCUAUCAAUAUUUUAUAGUAUUCUAUUACACGUUAUGUUUGAAAAAAUUUUAUCUUUCCAACUUUUUAUCUAUUAAUCAAUUUUGUUUAAUCAAGUGACAACGUAUAAGCGCAGAUAUCUUCGUUUCAAAUUCAUUUUUAUUCAUAAAAAUGAUAUUUGAUCAUUUGUGUUUACUCUCUAUACCUUUUACUUUCAUCUCACUGCUCAGCUUAACGUAUUGUUUCUUGUUUUGAAACAUAAUAUGUCUAUUACUGAAAACACAUCCUUUAGUGUAGGUGUUCCAGGAAUUUGACGAGUCCUAUUUGUGUAUGUACGAAUAGCCGACAACUCUACAUUCCUACUCCUCCCCAACCCAAACUCGUUGGGUAAAUCGCGGUGCGGGGUGUCAGUUUAGCGUGGACAAUCAGAGGGACUAGACGUAUAUCCAUCCAUGUCAUUUCGCGACAGGUGGCUUUGGCACUUUGAUUACUAUUAUUUGAUUCCGAGGGAAGCUGUGAUGUAUUAGAGGGAUGCUGCGAAAUUCGAAAGGACGGGAUGAAAGUGAAAAGGACGCCAUGGUGAUUAAUGAUAAAUUUGAUAACUUUUCGUCAAAAGGUGGUAAUAUUUAUUCAUUAUUAAAUUAACUCCAUUUCUUAUAAGUAUUUCAUUAUAUUAAUGUAAUUAAUAUCUAAUAUAACAAAUUCUAAAUUCACAGUUUAUUAAGGAUACCAAGAUGAAAAAUGCAAGAUUAAGGAAAUUACUUUUUUCUUUCGAAUAUAUUAAAUUAUGUUUCCGAAGAAAUUGAAUAGACUGUUUAACAUAAAUUUAACAUAGAUUCUCUCGAUUCUAUUUCAUUUGAAUAAGAAAUUCAAAUAACUUUUUCAUUUUGUUUCAUUAUUCGUAAAUUGUCUGUAAUAUAACAUUGUCGGACCUGAGCAGAUGCCGCGUCACAAAAAUUGCUGUAACUCAUAAAAAUAAUUGAAAUUUUGAAAAAUCCUUUAAGGGCAUAUUCUUGAAUGUCUAAACUUUGGAAAUAUGAAAAAAAAUUUUUCGAUUUUUUCAAAUUUGUAGACUAGAAUACCCCUUAACGCUUAGAAAAAGAGCGCCAUGUUGCGUUAGAAGGAAGUCACGUAAUGCAUAAAAUAUUUGAAGUUGUAAUGGCAGAUAUUUAAAUGUUUAGAUAUACAAAAUGUUUUAAAAAUUUUUAGAUUUUUAGACAGGUAGGAUCCAUAAAUAAAUUUUCAGAUUUUUAGGUAGGCAGGGCCCACAAACAAAGUUUUAAAUUGUUAGGUAGGAUCCAUCAACAAACCUUUAGCUUGUGAGGUAGAUAGAAUCCAUAAAUAAAUCUUCAAAUUUGUAUCUAGGUAGUAUUCUAUGAAUAAACAUUUAGAUGUCUGAUGCUCAGAGUUUACAGAGAAAUUGUUCAAAUUGGUUGUAGGUGAAAGUCUAUGAAAUGAAAUCUUUAGACUUCUAAUAGGUAGAACUUGUACAGAAAUUGUAUAAUUUUUAUGAACCUCUACGGGACCAAUGGAAAGAAAAUACUCUCUCAUGGUACAAUCAACAUAUUCAACAUAUUCAAGAUCAACGUGUUCAGUUGUGAAAGAUAUAUUCAUUCUGUACUUCAACGCAAUAUUUCCUCUUCAAUUUUAUUUAUUAUAUUCAGAUAUUUAUGUAGAUAGGAUUCAUGAAGAUCUUUGAAUGUUUGAGAGACUGGUUAAAUUAGAUUUGUAAUCAGGUAAGAAGUUGAAAUUUAAUUUUUACUGUUAGGUAAGGCAUUUGUGAAUUAAUUUUAUGAAUGAGAUCUGUGGUUAACUUGAUCAUUCUCAAAUUAAAGCCCCAACUCAGACUCAGGUAGAUACUAAAUAGAAAACCUAAUAAUGUAGGAAGCACUGUAUCCCUGUAUGUGUGUGAUAGAUAGGUCAUUUUGAAAUUAAAAAUGGUAAUAGAAGUGUAAAAUUACACUUGAAAUGAAAAUAGGAAAAAGAGUCUCACAUAGAAUUAUACGAUUAGUUUAUGAUUUAAUGUAAUUUUUAUUUACAUGAUUAUCUUAAGAUCUAAUUCAAUUUUUAGUUUUAGGUGAGUCUCCAUUUGCAGCAACCCCCACACGGUGAGAUGCGGAUAAUCAUAUUAAUAUUUAAUGUACCAUAAUACAAUUAUGAAUUGUGUAGUAAAUGAUAAUAUGAGCUGAUUGGCUGCGAUCGCGAUUAGUUUUACAUAAUUAUGUAGUCAAAAUUUAUUUAUUAUUACCUUUUAAAGGAUAGUUAGUAAUUGCUACGAUUUACAUUCCAAAUUCGUUCGUAAGUUAAUUAACUUUCACUCUGCCCACUGUUCUCAAUUACCACGCGUCUAAUCGAAUUCGUCUCACGAGUGCAGCGUCCAAUCCAUGGCUCGUUGCAAAUUAAGCGAAAAUACGACAAAUCUAACGAGGUCUUUUAGCUAAGUUAACAUUAAUUCGAUCGACCGAACCGGUAGAAUUUCAGGAAGAGAUUAAGGCGACAUAGUAGGUCAUUGAUUACAGGAGUAUGCGACAAGCUCUUAAAUAUUUCUGCAAAUUGACGAUAUCCGGAUAGUGCAGUUCUUCAAAUUCAUAAUUCUGAAAAUAUAGUAUAUAGGUCAUGGAAUAAUUACAAUAAGGAUGAGAAUAUACCUAUUAUCAUUUUCACGUAUUUGGAUAUUCAAUAUUGAUCAGUAUAUUAAAAAAUGCCCAAAAUAUUCAAAGUGAAGUAUUCGUUAAAAAAUUGAGAGGGUGAAACAAAUCUUUACUUAGAUAUUAUUUCUUUAAUUAUAUUCAUAAAAAUCUUCAACUUAUCGAUCGGAAUUUCCAAUUACCGUCAACUUCCCAAACUUUCGUUCGGUUUGUUAACAGAAAGCUAAAAAUUCGCGAGAUGUCAGAUAGAAUCUUCAGUUUACCGAUUACAUGAACUGUAACUAGAAAUUCAUUUGCGUUGCCAUUAGUUACAAAUGGAACUACAAUAUCUGAGGAUGAUUGGCAUUUGGUAUCGAAGUAAAUGGGUGGAGUGCUUGUUAAAUAACGCUUCACUGAUGACCUACCGAAGCUGGAAAUUCAUAAAUUAUCCAGGUCUCCAAGGUUCUAUACUGAAUCUUGGUCCUUUAUUGAACCAUAUUCGAAGUGACUUGAAUCUCUAAAGUAUCGUUGAUUUGUCAAUUGUUUCGAAAUUAUCAUUCAGACGUUUCUUACUAUCUACGAUUCCAUCGUAAUCGCGUUUCGAUUCCUAUUCGGCAAGUAGUACUCAGAUAGCAUCGAAUUUACCACAUCGGCCAUUUUUACGCUCGCUUGAGCUUUACGAUCUCCCGACGUCCUUGCAUUCUCAAUUAUACUCGACGCUAAUCCUCCCACUUGUUUGACGGGCCGCUGCUGUCGAAUUAGAAAGUUCGUUGUCUAGCUGUGACUUUUUGACUUUUGUCUUCCUUCGUCCAUCCAUGCGGAAAAAUGACGAGGCGAUGGAAAACGCGUACAUAGGGCGUGAAAUUCAAACUAUUGAUGAGAGAAAAGAUGAGUUUGUUUAUGCAGAUGUUGAUGCGGUUAAGAUUUACUGAGAGUAUUCGCGAUGCAGUGGUUCGUUGAUUGGGGUCAAAUUGUGAACGAAUGGCUUUAUUGAGUAGUAAAAUUAUGCCUCAUAAAUUUUGCAAUUUGUUCGAAAUAAUAUAAAUGAAAUAGCUCUGAUGAAUUAUGUAUUGUUGGAAAUUUAACAUUGACAAUUUUCAGUUAUUAACAUGUACACGUUCUUACUAAUACAUUGCUAAUCUUGAUUUAUAUCGUAAUGUGUAUUUUUAGUUGGGUUACAAUUCACGUCUCCGCAAUCUAUGGAAUAAGACAAAUAUUUGAACCACGAAUUAAGGAAUUAUUUAGUGAAUCAAUUAACGAAUCUUAAAUUUUGUUUCCUGGCAACAUGCUUUAACAAUGAAGGUAAUUCAAUAAAUAAAUCCUCUGCAUCGUUAUGAACCUCUUUCUAGCCACCGCAAGGGUGAAUACGUGACUAGGCUACGAAUUUGAUGGCUAGAAUGAGGAUGUUCAUGGCAAAUACGAACAUAAAUGCAGGAAAACAAAGAAUGUUAAAAGUAAAUUAUGCAACAUAAAUAAUAAAUUAUAUAAGUAAAUAAUUAAGUAGAGAAAAUUAUAUAACCAAAUAAUAAAAGUUAUAAAAUUUAGAGGAUACCACAUAUCCUGAUUCAAGCUUUACUUCCACGUUAUUCGUCGUUAAGGUGCUUAUCAAAGAUCCCACUUCAUUUAGUCCAGUGUGAUAAAAUACUGACACCUAAAUGUAGCUUAGAAAGUGAACGUGAAACGUCUGUUGUAUAUAUGUAGCUAUCACAAUUGUCAGAACCUUCGUCGUCCGAGGAUUAAUCCUUUCACUGUGGAUUAAGAUGACUAUGCGCUGCAAUAACUGUGUUGUAGAACUUAAGAAAAAUUAUUUUAUAUCGAUUUGAUGUAUACUCAUUUCGCUAUUGGUUAGAACAGGAAAUACAUAAUCGCUCAUGUGUCGCAAUAAUUCUAUGCCUUAACAGUUUAUAUGGUCGUUAAAAAAGUUUGAAAGCAGUUUAAACAUUAGAGUAUAAUGUACAAGUAGAACGAUAAUUCGAACAAAACCAUCGUUCAUGAUAAAAGCGCCCCGUCGAUAAGGCGUUAAUCGACUCUUGUAGAUCUCUCUCGGGGCUCAUUUUCUCCGCCAUCGUCGUUCAAUUUCGCGGUCUAUAAGCGUGACCGGCGGCUCCUCCGCAAGAUGCAAAGAAAGAAGCAAAUGGGAAGAGGAGAGAAAAAAAAGGAACGCGGAAAAGAGAAAGAGGCGAAGGAAGGGAGUAAUUUCUCCAGUGGAAUCUCGGCGACGGAAUUCGAGAAUCGGUUGGUAAGCGAGUCAACCGACAUCGACACGAAUAUCUCAGCGGAGACGAGCCAGACAGCUGGAAGGAGAAGAAGACUUAGCUCGUGAAUGUAGGUCCCCCGGGUCGCCACCUAUAAUACGAACCUCCCACCUCGAGGGAGUCGUGCCACUAUCUUACAGCUUCCUUCAAGAAGAACGUGCCCGUUUCACCGUCGAGUUCAUUCAGUUCAGCCCGGUCAACAGGUGGACCACCUUAUCGGGAGACUCGAAGCAAGGUUGACUUUAACAGGAGCGUUCCAAGAGAUAGAAUCUUGAACGCGUACAGGAUGUUCCUAAAACCGCGUCGAGCGAUUCGUAGGAAAUGGGAUAUUUCUCUGCUUCGUGGGCGGCAAGGUCGUAGGAAGUAGGGUGUAUCGAAACUUAGGUUUUGUUUUAUUGAUUUCGAUGUUUUUGUUCGAAUUUUUAUAAUCAUUUCGUUGGUUCAGAAGGAAACUGAGGUUUUUAAUCGGUCGUGUAUUGGGAUUUUGGUGAUUCAGAAGGAUAUUUUGAUAUUUAAAAAGCGUAGCAGGUAAAUUUAGUGAUUCUGUUGAGGUGAAAAAGAUGUUUCGAUUUUCGGAAAUCUAAACGCUUUAAAUCAGCCACUUUUGAAUCAGUAAUUUGUAUAAUUGUAAAAUGCUUAAUUAAAAUUGUUCUUUUAAGUACAAAUUUCUUUUUUAAAUGACACGACGUAUUAGAAAAUAGAAGAUCUAUGAAUAAAGAAAUUGUAUUCAAAAGAUUCGAACAAUGAGUUCAAUGGAAUUUCUUGGUAAAUAUAGCCUUUUAUAAUCUGGCUUUUAUUGUGGUUUAUUGGUAUUAUCGAAUAAUCUUUAGAAAGUGGAGUACCUAUUAGUCAAUUAAUGUAUCAUCUACUUUAAUGUCCAAGCCAAUAGCAUUCCUUUUGUAAUAAAUAGCAUUCCUAAGGUGAGAAAAAUUAAAAAAUUAAAAAAGCUAUUAAAUAUCUUUUCCAUUUCUUCGAUAAAAUAUCACAAAUGCCUUCUUCAGUAUCGUUUCUUACUUCAAAUUUAAAUUCGUUUUUUCGAUGAAUCUUUAUUCACUCGAACAGUUUAUAGUGAAAUCUUCGACCGAACAUUUUACAUGAAACUUCGACCAAACAUUUUACAUGAAACUUCGACGCUUGAAAGGGAUACCUCACAGGUGGGUCUUCGUUUCUGCAUAAAUUACUUUUCUCUUUUAGAAAAAGUAAAUCGAAGAUCCGUUAUUUUUGAAAGUAAUUUUUGUUGAAUUCUAUAUGGCUGUCUAAAUAGUAAAGUAUGUUGAGGACUAUAAUAUUCUUUCAUAUUUAUUUCGUAGAGAAAUAUUCAUCUAUCAAACACUCAUAUUCUAUAAUCACCAGACUUACAAGUAUAUAUACAUCUUAAAAUUAAAAGAUCAAUAAGUUAGGUAUUGUAUAAAUCAAAUAGAUAAAAUGCUCAAACAUAAUCAACACAUGGUUCAAUCUUUAAAUUGGAUCUCUGAGAGUACUAUCGUCGAAGGAACCAAAACGACUACUAUUCAUGCUCGUUGCCUAUCAUCUUCUUAACAAUUCAGCAACAGACAAUGGCGAGCUUGCGGUUUAUCGUCAUGGAAAAUGAUCAGGAAUGGGUUUUUCAAUUAGCAAAACAGAGGUUUGACAAGCAAAUUAAAGCGAAUGUAACAGCUGUGCCGACGUAUCACACUAGUGCACCGGCUUGAAUUACCACAUAACGGGUGGUCCUGUAAUACAGCUCGAAAAUGGCUAACUGGAUGACUGAGUGGAACGACGGGUGAGUCGCGAAAGAGACGAAAAAGAACGAAUCUCGCUGCACGAAUUAAUCGAGCACCUUUCUUCCGGAAUAUUUUCCAUAGUACUUAGCUACGUGAUGUUUUAGUCUUUAAUCGUACACAGAUCUUUUUUGGAAUUCUUUUUGAUUCUGGUCUUUCGUUAAGAAACUCUUAGCAAAAUUUUGUACGAAAUAUCUCUGAUUUUUGUGUACUUCAAAUUGUUCACUUUUCAACAUUAUACCAUUUUCACGCUUUUAUAGUUUCCAAUUCCACGGCUAUUAAGUUUCGAUUCCAAUAUUUGUAUAUCCUUUUAAUUACGCUGUCUCUGUGUUUUCCCAGUUCCCAAUUUUUCCAUUGCCCUUAUCCUUCUUAUCAUUUCUUCAAUCCACGAAGGCUGGAUUGUAAUAUAAAUUCCUCUUGCCUUCUUCGUUUAUAUGGUAAAUAUAAAAAUAGGACGAAUGUAUGUUACAACCUAAUAAUUUCUAUCAUUUACACAUUUUUCAACAUUUCAAUUUUCAUAGCGAACGCACAUUUCUUUAAUUAUGUAUCUUCAAUCCCAUUAUACCCAUUUUCGUCGUCCAAUAAUUACACCCCCACACGAUACAAAUCCUCUUGAUUCUCCCUCAAAUCCUCAUUCCUCCCACUCUUUCUCCGUCCCCAAACUCCUACCUACUUCUACUGUCAUCCUUCCAAGACAAGGAUACUUCAAAGAGAUAGUAUGCAAGGCCGCGUCGUAGUCGACUGUAAGUUGGCGCAAAUAUACAUGCGCUCGCGCAAUUACAAUGACAAUAACAAUCUAGCAAGGAGGAAAGAAUAAUGCGACAAACGGUUCUUCUCGCCAUGAAGAAGAUGACGAUAAUGAGAUUAAGAAAGAACUUGACCCACAGCACAUCCGAGAAAAUUUUAGCCGAAAUAAAAGUAGCUAGGAAGUACUUUCGAAAAAUACUUUAUUGGUUUGGUUGACGACGCCUUCAAAUCGUAUUGUUAAAUCGUAGAUCGACAAAUUUCAUUGCUAUAAACUCAAUUCGAAGAAAAGCUAAAUUACGCGCCAAGAGUAAUAUUAUCCAAAUAAUUAUAUUCUAAAUAUUUUAUCUAAAUGUUUCCUAUAAAAUGCCUAAGAUCUUAUUAAUGGAAGAAAGAAACAUACAUAAUCGUGUGUAUAAUCCACCCUUCUUUCAUAGAGCUCCUAUAGCGACGAAUUUUAUUCAUUCUUACUCAAUUCUCGCUGAUUCAAUUCAUUCGGAAGUUAUAUUACUCAACAAAAGUUAAUAACUUAGUAAGGUUUUUAUUUAAAUGGUAUCCAUAUAUAUGUAUAAUCUUCACGAUCCAGUGAUAGAAGAGAGAAACGUGUAUAAUCUGUGAUUGAGAGAAGGGGAAGAGAAGCGAUAGAAGAAGGGGCCUUACCGGCUCGCCUCUGGCCUCUCUCUCGAUACACCUUUCUCCGGUUCCCAACAGCCGGCGGUGGGCCUUGCUUCCCCUUCAGUCCUCACCGGGACACAGACAAAGUUACGCACCCGGAGAAAGGUCAAUCGGUCGGCUGCUCUGCUCGUCGAGUACCAGAGCUCUCGUUAACUGCUCUGUCUGGUGACUAGGUGGACAAAUUUUUCCUCUUCGUAUCUCCGUGGAUAGACUGUGAUUAAAGGAAAAAGAGACUCGUCGACGAUUUUAAACAAUAUUUUUUCGUUGUUCAAAUAACAGAAAAGAAAUUUAGUUCAUCGUCCAAUCGGUUUGUCCUUCGUUUGUUUAACGUUUCGUCUUUCCGUCCGUGUAGAUUUUGGUUACAUUUUUCGAAAGAUCUUUUUUAUUCGGUCACGUCGAAGGUGAGAAUAAUUCGAAGUGUGUAAGAUAAGAACGUCGACGAUUUUGGUGCUGAUGUAACGGGCUAACGUUGUUCGUAUCGGACCGAUUUACAUGAGAGUGUACAUCUUCUGUUGGUAAUUUCGUGCAGCGCAGCUCCCUGCCAGCGGGGAAACAGAUGGGCAAAGACAUGUGGAGGCUCUGGUUCACGAAACUGCUGCUGCUGCUGGCGGCUGUGUUACUCUUCGCCGCCGUGGAAACGCGAUCUGAGGAUGUAGAAUCGCUAUCAGAAGUGAGAGCAUCUAGGAUAGAAAGGGAUCUGCAAGAUGACUACUACCACGACGACUUCUACCGACUAACCAGCGACUUCGCUAGCAAAUCGCCCCGAGAGAACGCUAGAAAUCUCGCUCCAGAGAUUAACGACGAUUACCUCGAGGAAACGCCCAGAAAACGCGUCAGAAUUCGCGUCCCUGUGGUCAGAAAGAGUGGAAGGCAGCAUAAGCUAACGGUAGUCAGAAGAUUGCGUCCUUUUUCGUCCAAGAUCGAAAAUCCCACCCAGAAUCAAUUGACUAUGGCGAGUCAUACACCGAGGAGGAUCGUGGUGACUAGAGUGAGGUCUUUGGGAUUAGCUAAUACCAUUCACAAUGAUUUGGAAUCUGAUAGUGUAAAACCAGAGAUUGGAAGACAUAAAGUGACUAUUACUAGACGUAGAAAAAUUGCGUCGACUACCGUUUCGCCUGCGAGCAGCGAGAGAAGAGUAAGAAUCACUAGAAAAAAAUUGGUCGCUGUUAGACCGCUGCAACCUACGCCCAGUUUCGCUAUUAUCACGACUGGAUUCUUCACUGCCCCAUCUUCUGAAUACGAUGAAGAGUUCUCCGAGGAGGAUGAAGGUGAAGAAGAGGUGAAUGAAGAUGAUGUUACUUCGACUGCCACGCCUGAGUUAAAGGAACCGCCCGAUGUUAUCGAUAGCAAACCGGACGAGGUUGAGAUUGAAAGUAAGGAGGAUGUUAGUUCAACAGAUAUCCCUGAGUUAAAGGAACCUCCUAAUAUAAUCGAUAAGAAACCAGAUGAGGUUGAGAUUGAAAGUAAGGAGGAUGUUAGUUCGACAGACACGCCUGAGUUAAAGGAACAUCUUAAUAUAAUUGAUAAGAAGCCAGAUGAGAUUGAAACUAAGACCGAGGAGACUGAACCGAAGGUUAUAGAAGAUAGUAGUGUGAGUUCACCUGUUAUUAUCACUGAUAAUUUCUUCCUCCCUGCGUCUGACGAUGAGUAUGAAGAAUACGAAGAUGAAUAUACCGAUACCACGACUGAAAGUGGGAAGAAUGAUUCUGAGAAUGAAGAUAUUCUAACGACAGUUAAAUCUACGAAAAUUGAGGAUGGUUUGGAUAAAGAUGAUACUUCAAGCAUGUCUACAGCUCCUGAUUUGUUAGAGAAAGAGGAACCAACGUCAGAAAAGCCCGAAGAAGUUUCACAUAGUGUCGCUGAUCACGAGAGUACAGAGUCAACUGAUUUGAAAGAAGAAGAGAAAUCUGAGUCUUUGACAACUGAAAAGUCAAUAGAAGAGGGAGAAGAAAUUACUACGACGCAGAUAAGUUUGGAAGAAAAAUCAGAAGAUGUUGGAACGACUGUUUAUCCUGAGAUUAAUGAAAAUGAGAAAGAGGAUGGGGAAGAAGACCGUACAACGACAGAAAUGAUAGAGACUACGACAUUUAUGGAAGAAACGACAGUGAUUAGUGUUCCUGAAGAAGUACAGACAACUACAGUUUCUGAUAAAGAGAUUACAAUAAUUAAUAAAGAAGAAGAACAUACUAGCGCUGAACACCCUUCGCUGCCUAGUGAAUUUAAAUCGGAAUCUGAAAAUUCUUCAAACGAAGAAUCACUCGAAAAAGAUAUUGAAACUCACGUUACAACUAUUUCACCCGAACUUGAAGACAUUUCACUGAAAGACAGUGAAGAUUCCCUGGAGAAAGACACAAAAUCAAAUACCACCAUAAUAGAAAUUGAUCCCAAGGAGUCUAUAUCAAAAGACUCUGAAGAUCCUGUUAACAAAGAGAUCGAACCCCAAGUCACGAUGAUUCAAACCAAACACGAAGACUCUCCCAAAGUCGAAGACAUUCCCAAAAUUGAAGAUAUUCCCAAAAUUGAAAAUGUACCCAAGAAAGACACACAAAUUCCCGAUAGCCACCCUAGUAUAACACUCGACCCAAGUUCAAGACCAGAAACUGAAAGAUCUUUCCCAGACAUAAUAGAUAUCACUACCCUGAACCAGGUUCCAGAAACCACACCAAAACUCGAGGAAAAUGAAGAGAACCUGACAGUGCAGCCCAUACCAUCGAUUACCGAAAUCAUCUCGUCUGCUACGACAAUUUUCUUCGACGAGUACCCCGAUUUCACCAGCGUCCUGCCUUUAGAAACGUCCCAAUCGACAUCGUACGACUCCAGUACCCUUAGCUACUUGGAUAACUCCGAGAUCCCAAGCGUGAUUCCCCUAGGAGUCGAAUAUACGUCGUUGCCAGACUCGAAGAGGACCUCGAUGGUUCUCGAGACGACUUCCAGCAUUGAUUCGGUAACGACGUCGAUCUCGUCACCGACCCCCGAAGAAAUCGAAGCAGGAUUAGCCGACGAUCUUUAUUUGUCCCUGUCGAGGCCAGAUUUCCCUGAGAUACUGCCAUCGAAACCGGUUCACGUGGAGCACGAGACCAAGUCCGAAACACCAGACUUAGAACCGAGCACGAGCGUUUAUUAUACAGAGACAGUGGUGACAUCGACGAGACUGAGGACGUAUACAUACGUAGUGACGCAACUGAAUGGACUGGAGACGAAAGUGACGUCCUCGACGACGGUCCGACCGAGAGUGACGACGCUUACAUUGACGGUGCCCGUCACGGUGACUGUCACUCCUACCGUGGAGUCGUCAGCGCACGCCGUUUCGUCUGUGUAUAGCCCGGUGCCCGCUGUUGGAGAGCACGAAGGAAAAGAUGAAGAAGGGCGAAGGUUAAACCUAGCCACGCGUGUCAUGUCAAACGGAGUCGAAGUGAUCGUUGCUGGACCAACGCCAGCGUUACGAUGGGAGAACUCGGUGCCACAGCCUACGCUGACAUUGUCCGAUGCUGUCGUCAUGAUGCUUCCACAAGAUAAACCCAAUGAAUUUGUCACUAAGACAUGUACCACCACCUUCACGUACCUUACUACCAUUACGAAAGACGGGACAACUAUCGUUUCGACGGAGCAGCAGGUGAUAGCGAAUACAGCGACCGAAGAACGUCACAGGAAGCCGGGAUCUGAAACCGCCGCGGUAACAUUAGAAGCAUCCCCAACAUUACGCACAGAAGUCUUCAAAACCACUUAUACCUAUUUAACAUUAAACACCGAUCAUUCUAAUAUAAAUGACGCGUUGGAAAGCAGCACGAAAGUAAUCACAAACACGGUCACUGCACCGCAACAUUAUUUAGACAUGAUCCUUGAACCAUCAGAAGCGCCUCGACCGGAAACGAACACGUAUCUCAGCACCAGGAUGCUGGAAAAGACUUUCAUGGAAGAUGGACGUACCAGAAUAGAAACCACCAGCGAUACAAUUACUCAGCUCAUAGUAACAGAAUCUGCACCGCCUCCUCGUCCAACCAGCGUCACGACCACGUUAACGGCGCUAGACAGUACAGAGGAAAACAUGACAGACCUCAUGAAAACAUACUACAUUACCUACACUUAUUAUAAUACCUUCCUGGAGAAAGGUAGCACCGUGGUCCGUACGAACGUAGCGACAUCAACUGACGUUGUGUUGGAGAAAGCACCUGCUAAGAAGACCACGAAGACAGCCACGGUGAAUCCUACUCCAGAACCUAUUCAAAUUUUUGCGACGAAGACGUAUCUGACCACGUUUACAUACUUCACAACUUUGCUUCAGGCUGGACCAGAUGGAGAAACUUCAACAACAGUGUCUUCGAGAUCGCACAUCGUAGAGAACGUAGUGACAGAAUCGAUAGCACCGAGUUUGCUAGACGCUGGCUAUAUGAACGCUUUGUUAACAACUGCUCAUCAUUCAGAUCCGGUGAAAAACGUGGUCACUGGAUCAACAAUCAUAUUUUUUGACGAAGAAGACCAGAUCGAUCCUACUUCGAGCACUGGCUUCCAGGAAGCGACCUCCUCGGUGGAGAUCCAGAACAAUGAAUCGAUUUCCGCCAGCUUCAUAUCUACUGAAUCUUCUCCAGCUGCCAAUGAGCCAAGUUUGAAGCCAGUUGAACAGAUUAAUCAAGAGAACAACGUAACAGUUUCUGCAGAGUCUGGACAGAACAAAAAGCCUGCGAGUCAGAACACGAGUGAUCUUCAAGUGAGCAAUCUUCUAAGCCUAGGGUCUUUGGGAAUCAAUAGUUUGUCGGCUCUAGGACCAGUGAUUACGGCGAUGGCUGGUUUACUACAAGGAAAAACAACAGCUACGCGAAGAAACGAUUCGAUGCCACAGGUGGAGACACAGGAAGUGACCACGCAAAGAUCCCCCAUUUAUAUACCAGUCGCUGAGUUCGCUGAUGGAGACAUCGAAGCGGCUGAGAGUCAAAAUAUAGGUACACAUCUAGCGAACCUUAACCACAAUUACAUCGCUGAAAUCCGUCACAAAGUUGCAUCCAGCCUGGCAGAUGGAAUUCCAAUUUCCCCGGGCGAAGUAAUCACUGCGAACAGCGACGUAAUCAUAGGAAAACCAGGGAAAAUGGCACCCAGACCACCUCAAACGUUCUUAGAGGACGAAGAACACAUUGGAAUGAAACCGCCGCCGUUACCAGUCCCCAACAUUCCAGUUCAUCCAGUUCUCGAAGUCGUGGAGAACGAUCGAGACGAUGCUCAGUCUCAGCAGAUUCUUCAAGCUCACAAAGGUCCACAAAUACAGAUAUAUCCUGCGCAUCAGAUUUACGAAGAACAUUUGAAAAUUCCGGUUUCCAUACCUAUCGAUGCGAAUCCUACAUUGAUAUCGAAACAACCUCAGAAGCUACUUCCAGUUCAAGCGUCUCCGCCAAAGAGAAUAGGUUCUAAGCAAGAUGUACUGGAAAAUGAUCCUUUGUUAAAGCCACCUGAUAGACCUAACGUGGAACAGUAUGCAAAUCCAAAUUCAAAUCCUAAGGAGCCGGAAUGGAGUCCUGAGAAAUCUAGGCGACCGUGGAGUGCUAAGGAUCCUUUAAAGCUCCUUCCAUUACAUCCACAAUUUGAUCAGAAAAUCGACUCAGGAAUAUCUCCAAUAGAGAAACCUUGGCCCACUGUUCCAUCUGAAGAUCAGAAACGAUUACCGUGGGCUCAGAAAGAUCCUUUGCUCCCUGAUGCUCCUGUUGUCAUUCAAUCUUCGGAAUCCAAACCGACACCAGCGGAACCUAUAGUUCAUCAAGUACCACACGUCAUCGACAGAUCAACGGGACAACCUUUAUUAGUAAAUAUUCAACCCAGUCAGGUUGCUAACGUGGUAAUUCCUCAAGGUGGUACUCAGGCACUGAUAUUCGGUGACACCAGCGAGCCACACAUCAGUGGACAAUAUUUCGACGAUCCAUCUCCAUAUCCUGAAUCAGAAGUUGGUUUGGGAUUUGUUGGAAUCCAAAGAGUAGAGGACCUGCCUCAAUAUUCCAAUGGAAAGGACCCAGCAGAUUAUAUGGUUCCGCCAUCGCCACUUCACAGUUUCAAGGGGUUACCAGAAAAACACCCUUCCAAUCGUCCAGCAACCAUCCCCUUAUCGCCAGGUCGUUUCGAUUAUGAAAGACCACAAGACAAAUUAGAAGCUCCUUUAAACAGACCAGAAAAGAUGCCAUCAGACGUACAUUUGAUUAAACAUCCUGACCAUUCUGGUGUCCUCGGCGGCCAAGGACACGUACACACUGAAAUUCUGGUCCAUCACAGACCAGAAACUAUAAACGUUCGCCCACAAAGCGUUCCUUAUCCUCCUAUUCAUCCUCACAUGCACUCCAACAAUCAUAUACCGUCACGCGGACAAUUUCCAAAAAUUCCAAAACCUGUAGAAUCCGGAACUCCACCCAGAAGGACAGAAAUGUCGAGUUCAUCGGACAAUUCCCAUCGAUAUAUCUUAUUGCCUAAGCCAGACUCGGGAAACGAGAUCGUCUUGAAUUCCAAUUGGAAGGCGGACAAGAAACCACCGCGAAUUCUGAUGAAUAACAGGUUGAGACCACGUCCACCGUUGAGAUCGACGACUAGUCGUCCUUUGGAUAGGCCGAUUUACCCGGAAAGGCCGGGUAUUAGGAAACCAGUUUACAGCGGACCUCAGAGGCCUCCGACAAAGACACAGAAUACAUUUGUGCUUCCUCACCGGCCAGUCAGUAAUCCUCAAAUUUACCAUGAACCACCGAGGAUGACCACUCCGACGCCUGGAGAUGCGGUGAAGGACGUGGCAACUGAGAGACAGCCUUCGUUCGGAUCUCGUCCUCACAUUGAUCUUCAAGACAGACCGCCUCACUUUUAUCCUGAGAAGAGGCCAUCAAACAUAGAACAACUGAGACCUCAAACUGAAAGGACACAAGAACACGUGCCCACGGGAGCAGUAGAAUAUCACAAUCCUUCGAAUCCUAAAAUAAAGCAAGAUAACAGACCAGUUACAACAAAUACGCAAGUUCAAAACUUCGAUCAGGCUCCACCUAAUCAAGAUAAUAAAGCAGCAGAAAUCUGGCAUAGCGGUACGCAAACAGAGAAGACGUUAGAUUCAGAAAUCGGUGCCUCAGAACCAAUAAACUAUCACAAUCGAGUCAAGGAGAUUCAAAAAUACAAUGAAACCGAAAAAGGCACGUCUUUCGUUAAUCAACAUAACAAUGUAACAUCCAAUAUAAAAAAUUCCUACGGAAAUGUAGCCUCUGGUAAUACAGUGAUUGAAAAACCAGCUGGAGAAAUUGAUUUCCAACAAGAUCAGAAAGAAAAACCAUUUUGGAUAAAUCCGGGCUCUCCAUUUUCUCAUAAAAAUGAAAUGAAUACACAAUCUCAAAUACCAUAUGGCCCUAAUUAUUACAAUACUAAGCUUCAUGAAACACCAGUAGUUCAAGGAAAACCGUUUGGCGUAUACAGUGGCCACGAAGAAUCGAAUUAUGGUUACAAAUGGAAAGAGAACAAGCCUGAAUACGACAUAGUACAAGGUGUACCAUCGACAUAUUAUGGAAGCAAAAUAUCUCCAAUCAGCCACAAGAAUCAAAAUCAGAACGAACAGACAUCGACUCUACCAAGUCGUGAACACGACGAUACCAUAGAUUUAAAACCACCAGCGAUCAUUCCUCAAUUUGUCCCUGAAUCAAAUAAACCUAAGAGACCAUAUCCUCGACCAUCUAUAAUUAACAAAGUGGAAACCAGGCCUGUACUAUAUCCUGGACCAGAAAUUGUAAGUCAAACUUCAGAAGCUAGACCGGAUCAAGUGAAACAAUCCAACGAAGGCAAGCCAGGAAGCCUGGAACCAUUUGUAAAUAAUAGUUUGAGUCAUGCAGGUAACUUGAAUCAGAGUCACUUCCAGUUAGGAGGUUUCAUGGAUCUUAAUUGGGAUGGGGGAAUGAAGAUUAGAGACCAAAGACCUGAUAAACAGGAGAUUCUAAUUAACAAGGGUGAAAUUAUGAAGAAUCAUUUUAGAAACAGUUCUAUUUCUCAGAAAAUAGAAGAUCAGUAUCCUCAGACGAGCACUGAGAGCGUUAAAGUAAGUUUGGAAAAGACUCGUCCUGUGGUGAAUCAACAGGAGUAUUCAGGAACCAGAAUUCAUCCUGAGUAUCCUCAUAUUAUCACCAAGCCUAAGCCUCAAGUACCUGGACCAAUUACUAUCUCAACAGCUAACAAAGUUGAAACUAGGCCCAAUAUUAGGUUCUCCAUGCCUGUGGAGGCUAUGGGCGAAGAAGUUGAUAGCAAAACGCAAACUGAGCGACCACCAAGUAUGUUAAUCACGAGUAGUUCUAACGAUAAGAAGAAGAACGUGGAAAAGGUAGAUGGUUCUUAUCAGACGAAUUUCGCGGCUUCAGAUGCGAAUAAGGAUGAUUCUAUGAAUCAUGAGAGCAAAAUUAGAGUUAGACCUAUUGAGACGUCUACUGGGGAUAUGUUGAGUAGUAUGGAAGGAAUGAGCGUGCCUUCUAGGGACAUGAUGCCUCCGCCAUUAAGACCUGUUAUUGGGUUGAAUCAAUCGAAUAAGAAUGAAGAAGAGGAUUUGAAACCACCACCUAUAACUUCGAGGGAUGUAGUUGGAUUAUCACCUCCACCAGUUGAUAUUACGACGACCAGUGGUCCCACGGAAGAUAGAUUCCCGUUUGCAAAUGUCAACGAAUCUGGGUUGAAACCUCCGCCUAAAUAUAUUCCACUGAAGGAGUCUUCUGUUGCACCUUUACCUAGCGUUAGCAUGGUGCCUCCUAGUCCAAGACCUUCUCUUGCUAGGCCUUUCAUAGUGGAAUUGCUGUCUCAGGAUAUGGUACCUCCACCACCAGUAACUCAAACUACCAAACCACUUGAAAUUGCCACGGUGAGGCCAGCGGUGGCGGUGUCUGGAUCGAUUCAAAUCGCGACAGCCGUCGCAACAUCCCACAUACCAGUGGUUCAGGAUAUCGAAUCGAAGAUACCGAUCAUACACGGCACUGUCGAUCUCCCAGUGGUGGUAGACGUGCCUGAGAUUCUUAGGCCAGUGGAAACCAGGAUGACGGAGCACGUUAGCAUUUAUACCGUGCGACCAUUUGACACGAGACCAGUAUCUAGAAUAUCGGUACAACCAACACCAAUGCUAACGACGAACCUGGUAAUCCCAACGAAGCUAAGACCAUUGCAAGUAGACCAUAUACAACCAAGCCGAUCCUCGACAACCAGAGACGUGGAACCAACUCGAUCUCAUAACUUUGAUAUUCCUCGAAACCCUGUAAAACGUCCGGAGCAUCCAGUAUUUUUGGAAUCCAGUCACGAUAAUGUUCUACCAUCGACAAAGGUAGAAGCUACGGAAAGUUUGACUCACCACGUGGUCAGCACGAGUCAGAAGAAAGAGUCACGACCUACAAUGACGAAAAACGAAGCUUCAAAGGUGGUCGUUUCGUCGGCGACAGAACGCAAACGAAAGAACGAAACCACAUCGAAGGAAUUGCCUAGUGUUGUGACCAGGGUUGACAGUUCGAUAACGAAGGUAACGAGUACGUUGUCCGGAAAUAUUGACAGGAGAAAUGAGUCGGUGAUCAAGAUGACGAAGGAUGUUAGCAACGUGACACGCGAGGCUGCUAAUAGGACAACGACGACCACGCGUAUGAAGCCUAAAGAGGUGACACGAUUCCAGACGUCAACAGUAACGAGGACGGAAACAUCUGUAUUGGGUUCACCGCCUACAACUCGAACAUUACUGCUCACCCACACAUUGACAUCGACCACUGUGGAAACAGUAACGGAAACAUUAUUGCGUCCAACCAGUGUAAUAUCCACGGUCACAUCAACGAUCUUGCAAUCGGUAGUAACUAGAAUACCAUCAUCCUAUGAAAACGUAGUCGACAAUGAUUCCAUCUUUGUGGUGAUGAGCGAUCAGAAGCCACCGGCACCUGGUGCUGAAGAGGUUGAGGCUGAAUACGGUGAUAUUUCGAGAGACGAACAAGAUCCAACUGGAAACGAAGUUCAUAGAGUUCUGGCUGGUGGAGUUCUUGGAGCACCCGUGGUAUCGCUUCAACCUAUUGUCAAUCAGUGUACACCAGAAUGUAGAGCGUCUAGGUCUGAAAUAUGCGCGGAAGUUGGAGGUGAAAUGCGAUGCGUUUGCCGUCCGGGCUUCGCUAGAAUGUUCCCUGAUCGACCUUGCAAACCCACUUACACUUACACGUUACGAGUUGGCUUGGACCGUAUUGGACACGAACCAGUAAUAUACGAAGCCGGCAUGAACGAUUCGACGUCGACAGCUUUCAGAAAACUGUUAGGUCCUACUAAAGACGCCCUAGAUAGAACUCUGAUGCAGAGUGAUCUCAGAGAUGUCUACAGAGGAUUGAAAAUAGCUGGUUUCUCGCCUGACCCAACGAAAGUGGAGUUUCACGUUCAGCUCAGCGACAACGCUAAUGAAACGAGACUAAAAGAAGUUCUUCGAAAGUAUCUUAUUGGUAGCAAUUAUAGCUUAGGAGGCACUGAGGUUUAUGCCUUGAAAAAUCUUGACGUCAUUGAGGCAAUUGAUUUCGACGAAUGCGCGACAGAAGAAGGAGGACCACAUCACGAUUGCUCGCCAAACGCAGCCUGUUUCAAUCUACGAGGUUCUUAUCAGUGUUCUUGUAAAGAGGGUUGGGCAGAUUUGUCUGAAAACCCCGCGUAUCCUGGAAGAUUCUGCUCUCAAGCGCCCUUAGGUUGCCCUAGUUGUAACAACAAAGGACACUGCGUUACGAACACCAAUGGUCAAGAGGUUUGCGAGUGCUUCCCCUGGCACAGUGGUCAGCGGUGUCAAGUUAAUCUGAAAGUGCUCCUGAUAGCUCUUGUUACAACGGGUGCAAUAUUACUGGGCCUUCUGGCGGUUUGUGUCGGUAUGGCAUGUUUCCGUCAGCCGAGUCGGAAACGAAGAACUGGCGACAGAAGGGCUAUGAUUCCUGGAACGGGCGGGGACACCAGUAGCGAGGGUAGUGUGACAGACUUAGCUAUUCCACACCACGUGCCGCACGUUCUCCCACCACCCCCACAGAUGAUCGCACCCUUGCCACCGACAAAGAGGCCUGCUCGAAAGAUCAGUACUAAACCCAGGCAUCCACCAAGAAAAGCUACCAUGGUACCUGCAUCAGUGACAAUGAACGACGAACAACGAGAUCGUUCGUUGACAGUGAUGAUCCCGCGCGCCAAAUAUCGAUCAGCACCCCAGUCUCCGCAGAAUUACAAAUCCGGUAUGAGCACGUUCUCGACAGAAGAGCACAAGCUGCUCAAUUACCUUGAAAGCGGCACGCAUAACACCGGAAACAGGAAGCAGAGCGUAUCCAGCGCGAAAGAUUGCAAGGAUUCUGAUGUGCAGAUCGUCAGAACGCCGGCUGCACCGAGUGGCGCCCUUGUUAGCGCUGGUUUUCAGGUAUCCGCAACGGUAACUCGACAAAUGGACGCAGACUCGACGUUAGCUCGCUCCUGUGGCGAGACCACGGUUGAAACAGCGACGAAAGUGCUGCGAACCGGGGAUCUCCAGGGCGAUCUGUGCUCGACGUUGGCGCGUUCCUGUGGCGAGACGACCAUCCAAGCACCGACGAAGCUGUUGAGGCUUGAUUUAGGCGAGGCUGGCUCGACUCUCGCCAGAUCUUGCGGUGAAACGACGAUCCAACCGCCUACGAAAGUCGCCGAUGCCAGAAGAAACAGCGUUAAGGACGCCAGAGACAACAGAGACACUAGAGACAGUGCCAGCGAGGGGCACACAAUGGCCGAGAGGGAUCUGGGAAGCACGCUGAGACUUCCGGCGCAGCAUCCGCCUCUUUAUAGCCCGGACAAGACCAGCGAUCGAGAAUCGAACUUCGACUCCCUCUAGACACCGAAGAUCGUACAAGUAAUAAAGGAAAUCCGGUCGACGGGAGGUUGUGGAUGUGACCGCUGGACGGUAGCCUCCACAAGUUCGCGAAUCGAACAGAUAAAACAUGAAACAAAUUUCUUCAACGAUGCAACUAUGUCGAAAAACGUCGAAGCUUAAGUACGUUAAAACAAAGGUCGAAAUCGAACAAGUUAUUUUAAUUUAAUCGAUGCAAACAAAUUAGAAACAUAUUUUUAAUCCUUUUGUUCGGAAGCUUUAAUCGUCUAUUUUAUUAAAUUAAUACGAUAUUUAUUGAAGGGGAAGCGUCUCAAAAAAGCACAUAUAAAUAUAUUUAUAUUGUUAACAAUAAAAUAACGAUCUUAGCGAUAAACCAAAGUGAUUAAAAAGAAAUUUGAUCAAGAAGAAGACAAAUUUAUAAGCAACGCUUUCCUCUAUUUAUUUAUCUAUUCGUUCAAAGAUUUUAGAUACGUAGAAACGUUUCAGAAGGCGCUCUCUUUGCCGUCGGCGGGAUUUGAGAAAAAGAUAUCAAGUUCGAUCAAACGCGAACGUAGCUUUGUCAGAUUCAAAGAGACGCGCUGGUUACUCAUUCCCGUGCCAAAAUACAACCAAUGAUUGGGAAGGGUCGCGAGGGAAAUUGUCCCUCGCCUUUCCCACUGUCGUUUUCAUUUUUUUUUUAUCCUCGUUUCUUAUACUUUUUCUUUUUUUAACUGGUCGCCGAGUACUCGAUCAUGUCGUUUCGGAAAUUUGAUUAUCGUCGAGAGAUAUCUUCGGUAACCCUAUUUAUUUACUAUCAGUAGAUUGCUGAUUUUUAUACAAUUUAUUGUUAUUUUGCUUUGGAUUUUUGUAAUUUCCCAUAACUGCAUAAACAUCUGCAGUCUAAUUGGCGGUAUAUUCAUAUAUAUUUUUUUACAUGUACUUAUUUGUAUGAAUAAUAUAUGUAAUCUCGUUUAUAAGUCAUUAGAUAUUCGCCAACUUUUGAAUAUGAUGCUCUUUGAAAUAGAUUUAUAGCAAGGUUUUUUAAGUAUAAAAUAAUGUUACUUUUUCUUGCGACGAAUAACGAGAUUAUUUGAAUUAUGAAUACGAAUAAAAAUGAUAUUUCUCGAUGUCAUAAUCGAAUUUUCUAUAAGCGUUUUACAGUCCUCGAUAAACGCUGCACGCGAAUCGACGCGUGACUCAAUACAGUGUCAUAAGUCGUGCGAACGGCGCCGAUCGCCGCGGAGGCGGACAUUAUUAUUAAUUGUUGUUAUUGUUUGUUUGUUUAGUCUAUUUUCUGGCGGGUCCUGUCAUGUUGCCCGGCUUCGUCAGUUUACAAAUUCGUACGUCGGGGCGCGGUAAAUUCAUAGCGAUUCAUACCUUUACAAUAUCCUCGAAAAUUGUAUCAUUUAGAAGCCUCAUUGACUAUGAGUACAGACUGUAUUUAAAAAAAAAAUUCUAUAGAACGUAGCUUGUACGCAGGAACUUGUGACGAUAACAAUCGCAAUUUUACCAAUGAACAUUUCAACAAUUUAAUUAAUCCUUUAAAUGAAAAAGGAAAAUUUUAAUUGUAAAUUCAACCAAUCUGCAAUCUCCUUGAUUGUACUACCUGUUAAUGUCAAUCAUUCCUUACCAAAUGUGCUCGAGAUGUAUCGGACGAAUCAAAAUGGGAUAAAAAAGAAUCAAUGGAAUUUUGAACGCGUGAAAUGUGAAUGAAAUGUUCGUUAAUUAUGUAUUGAUUGUGACGAAGCCGCAGCAACGUCGCUAAACCAGACUCGAGGAAGAGCGAGCAGAACGUGUUGCAUAACGCAGCCGCACGUGCAUUUAACUUGAUUUUUACUUUCUUUAGCUCAAUAGAUAGCGUAAGCGGAUGUAUUAAGCGGAGGACAGGUGUAUCAUUAACGAUAAUACUUUCUAUGUGUCUGACUCCUUCUUUUUUUUUUUAUUUUCUUUCAGUGUCGUAAAACUGCGCGUGUUAACCAAAUGAAAUAAAAUAUACAUACGUCGGUGAUCGUUUCGUAAACGAAGACGAACGAACGAAGCUCGUACCUUGUAUUAUCGCACGAAACUAACUAACUCGUCCUUUUUCUACGUCCAAAAUGAAACUACUCUUUUAUACAUACCACAUGUGUACGCAUAGAUAUUUGAUCUAUAUAUAUAUAAUAUACAUAAUAUAAUAUAAUAUAAUAAUGCAUAUAAAUAUAUUCUGUUGUACAUACCGUCUCAAGAAGAACCUCUUCUACUUAAUGUUAUUGUAAUUUUUGUAUACUUAGAAUCUGUAUACUUCUUUGUAAUUUUAAUAAAAGUGAAUAAUACAAAUGAUCCAUUGAAAGCGUAGAAACUAACAAUGAAUUAUCAAUUAGGAGCAGCACUCGG